ACUCUGUCUCUAUAAAGAAGUCACUAUGGAAAAGCUUUCAUAUCUUUAUCUUGUGGCAAAUACUGGGUAGCCCCGAGAAUCUAACUAUUUAUAACCCCUCAAGGUUGAAAAGCUUUCUUUUUCUUUCUUCACCGGUAAUUAUAUUGUCUUUCUUUGCGGGGUUCUCUUUGUUUUUGUACUAUCUUCUUUUUUUGAAGCUAAAGUUUAAAACUUUAAAACUGAAUUGCUAUCUUCUUCGCUUCUUGAAGGGAAUUUCAAUUCUGAGUUAUGUUGUUGUCUCUGAUAUAUUGAUCGAGGAAACAUUGUGGGGUUGAGUUUUUAUUUAAUUACUAGUAGUUAUCAAGGAAGUGGGUUUUGAUGAAAAAGAAGAUUAGUAUUCUAGAUGUGUGCUGCUUUUAAACCAUAGCUUUCCUUUUACUUUGCUUAUCUACUCCAGGGCUUCAAGGAGCUUACUUUGGCUACUUGAGUUCUGCUUGCAAUUUGAGUUGUUGUAAAGAUACAGUGAGAAUUGUGUAUGUUGUCAAGACAAGUUGAUUGGAGGAGAGUUUUGGGGUUUAGUAGAAUUGGGUUCUGGCCAUUUUACUUAUCGGGAAUCUCUGGUGGUUCAAUUGCUUCCUUUUCAGCAAAGGAAGGAGCUUCUUAUCUCUGCUGUGGUUUCCACAUCACUAGAUCCUGCAUACUCCCUUUGCAUGGGGACUGAUGCUGCUGAAGCAGUGGAGACACUUCCGUGUCCUUAUUCCUUCAAGGUGCAUCACUCUAUGUGUACAGAGUUGCUGAAGUUGGUUGAUAAAGUUUCUAAAAUAUUUCCAAAAAUCGAAGCAGCUCGACCUUGUUGCUCAUUGGGAAUACAGGCACUAUGCUCGUUAAACAAUGCACUUGAGAAAGCCAAGCACCAUCUUCAGUACUGUUGCGACUCUAGCAAACUAUAUUUGGCAAUAACAGGGGAUGUGGUUGUCUCAAGAUGUCAAAGAUCAAGGAACUUGAUGGAACAGAGUUUAGGCCAGAUUCAAACAAUGGUUCCAGUAAUAUUGGCUGCUGAGAUAUCUCAUGUUGUUGAUGACCUUAGGGCUGCAAUGUUUAUGCUGGAAUCCUCUGAAGAAGAGGCUGGUAAAGCCAUUCGUGAAUUGCUUCAGCAGAGCAGAGAAUCAGAUUCAGUGGUAAAUUCUGAAAUCAAAGCUAUUCAACUUGCAGCUUCGAGGCUGCAUAUUACAUCCCGAAAGGCCAUACUGAUAGAAAAAAGAUCUAUUAAGAAUCAGCUAGAUAAAGUUGGUGGCAACGAUCCCAGAAAAAAGAGUAUCUUGAAUUACCUUAUGCUUCUCUUGAAGAAGCACGGAGACUUACUCAUUGAAGAGCAAGGAGAGACUCCCAAAUCUCAGCAUGAAGGAUUCUUUUCGCUUAAGAACCCUAAUGAUACUUCUCUUCAUAGGCAAUACAAUCAAGUAGCUGGUAUAGGAUGUGGGAAGUCUGAGACUCAAACUGAAUUGUUUAGCAGAGCUACACCCCCUGAAGAAUUUAAGUGUCCUAUAUCUAUGAGAGUGAUGUAUGAUCCUGUUGUCAUUGCUUCUGGACAAACAUUUGAAAGGAUGUGGAUACAGAAGUGGUUUGAUGAGGGUAAUGAUACAUGCCCAAAAACCAAAGUGAAACUGACUCAUCGUGCAUUGACUCCAAACACAUGCAUGAAAGACCUGAUAUCAAAGUGGUGUGUGAAGUAUGGAAUUACCAUUCCUGAUCCAUGUAUUCAAGCAUCGAAGUUAUUGGACAUCUCUGUUAAUUCCAUUGCAAGUUUAGGCAGUUUCAUGAGUGAUCUACACCUUCCACUGGAUAUUAGUAAUAUAUCAUUUGGGUCUAUAGAUGGUAGUUACAGUUCAGAGUCUGCACAAUCUAAGUCAAAUUUGAUGCCGAUACAGAAUAAUGAUGAUUCCUAUAGACAUCACUCAUAUGUAAAUAUCAAUCAGCAAGACUUGAAGUUUCUGUCUGGACUUGCUGAGCUUCCCUGGGAAUCUCAAUGCAAGAUGGUUGAAGAUGUCAAGAGUUGUUUGCAGUGUAAUGAUCAACUUUGUCAUUCUUUAUCAUCUGAGAAUUUUGUUGAACCUCUAUUUAGAUUCUUGAGGGAUGCACAUGACCAACAAGAUAUAGGAGCUCAGAGAUUUGGAUAUCAAUUGUUGCUUUCAUUUGCCAGCAAAAACAGAAGUGGAAUAUCAUACUUACAUGAAGACUUUUAUGUUCUGUUGUCAUCGUUCCCUGAUUCUGAAGUAAUUGAAGAGGUUCUUGCCAUAUUUGAAGUGCUGUCUGGACACCCAUAUUGCCAAUCUAAAAUCACUGCAUCUGGUGCUCUUGUUUCUAUCCGAAAGAUCCUUGACUCCCACAGCACAGAAUUCCAGAAACAAGCCAUUAAAAUUCUGCAUAAUUUGUCCUCAAACAAUGAUAUUUGUUCCCAAAUUGUAUUGAUGGAGUGCAUCCCAAAAUUGGUUCCUUUGCUUAAGAAUGGCAAUCUUUCAAGUUAUUCUGUAGUUCUACUAAGAAAUUUGUGUGAUAUUGAAGAGGCUAGGGUUUCUGUUGCUGAAACAAAUGGAUGCAUUGCCUCCAUUGCUGAGCUACUUGAGAGUGGCAGUCGUGAGGAACAAGAACAUGCAGCAGCUAUUCUGCUUUCCUUGUGCUCUCAGCGUCUUCAUUAUUGUCAGCUGGUCAUGGAAGAAGGUGUUAUCCCUUCCCUUGUUGAUAUAUCUAUCAAUGGAACUGACAAAGGGAGAGCGAUUGCUUUGGAAUUGCUCCGGCAGUUAAGAGACAUAACUGAAUAUGAUAAUGAGCAUGAAUGUUUUGUUUCUGAUAUUGAUGCUGAUAGAGAUGCCAGCCACCAAACAAUAGAAAAGAAAUCUGUUGUUGAUGCUGAUAGAGAUGCCAGCCACGAAACAAUAAAAAAGAAAUCAUCCCCCAAGACAUAUGGAGUUUUCAAGAAUUUAUCAGUGUUCUCUAGACGCAGUUCUGUUGCAUCAAAAAAUAAGAGAUGACACUUCAAUCUGCUCUCUUUUUCAACCUUUGGUGACUCAGAACCUUUUUUCAUGUAUAAAAUAUAGAAUCAGGUUGGCAGUUAUCUGUUUCUCCUACGUUGGGGAGCUACCCUUUCUUGUCAGGAAUAGGGCAGCGAUAUCAUCAAACUAUAGCUAAAUAUUGUUUAAUUGGUAAGGGUUUUGUUUCUCUCUAACACUAAUCCCCAACAUAUAGAAUUUUUUAGGUUUGAUUUCUUAUGAUGUAGCUGCUGCCAUGUUCCACCUGUAUAUUUAGUAACAGUGUAUAGUUCUGCUUGAUAUGUUGUCAGGAAAUCGAUUUUGAUUGUGUGGAA